UCAGGCGGCAGGCAGGCAGCCCGCGAGGCCUCCUUUGCUCGCGGGUGGGGAGAGGGGUCCUUGCUAGGCAGGCCCGGGCUCUGGAUUUAGAGAAGACUUGGCGCUUGGGGCUGAACCUUGCUCAGAGUGGGAGCGAGUGCGGACGUGAGCUAAGGUGAAACGCUCACUCACAUGGCUGUUGGCUGGACAUGUCAGUUCCUCACACUAAAAGGAUUCUCUUCCAAGCUCACUCACAUGGCUGUUGGCUGGACACAUCAGUUCCUCACUGUGAAUCUCUUCACAAGGCUGCUCAAGACAUGCCAGCUGGCUUCUUUCAGAAUUUCAGAAUGACUACUAUCUUGACUUACACUUUAAAAAAUCUUCCUAAUGCAUCAAAAUGGACCCUCAGAUUACCUGUAAGAAGUCUGAGCUGUUCCUCCCAGCUUCGAGCUGCCCCAGCUGGCCAGACCAAAUCAAAGAAGACCUUAGCCAAACCCAAUGUAAGGAAUAUAGUGGUGGUGGACGGUGUCCGGACUCCAUUUUUGCUGUCAGGCACUUCGUACAAAGACCUGAUGCCACAUGAUUUGGCUAGAGCAGCACUAACGGGGCUGUUGAAUCAGACCAGUGUCCCAAAGGAUAUUGUUGAUUAUAUCAUCUUUGGCACAGUUAUUCAAGAAGUGAAAACAAGCAACGUAGCUAGAGAGGCUGCCCUCGGAGCUGGCUUCUCUGACAAGACUCCCGCUCACACUGUAACCAUGGCUUGUAUCUCUGCCAACCAAGCCAUGACCACAGGUGUUGGCUUGAUUGCUUCUGGCCAGUGUGAUGUGAUUGUGGCAGGUGGUGUAGAGUUAAUGUCUGAUGUCCCUAUUCGUCAUUCAAGGAAAAUGAGGAAAAUGAUGCUCGAUCUCAAUAAGGCCAAGACUCUGGGCCAGCGACUGUCUUUACUCUCUAAAUUCAGACUGAAUUUCCUCUCACCUGAGCUCCCUGCAGUGGCUGAGUUCUCUACCAGUGAGACCAUGGGCCACUCUGCAGACCGACUGGCUGCUGCCUUCGCUGUUUCUCGCCUGGAACAGGAUGAAUAUGCACUGCGCUCUCACAGUCUGGCCAAGAAGGCACAGGAUGAGGGACUCCUUUCUGAUGUUAUAGCUUUCAAAGUGCCAGGAAAAGAUACAGUUACGAAAGAUAAUGGCAUCCGUCCUUCCUCACUGGAGCAGAUGGCCAAAUUAAAACCCGCAUUCAUCAAGCCCUAUGGCACAGUGACAGCUGCAAAUUCUUCUUUCCUGACUGAUGGUGCAUCUGCAAUGCUGAUUAUGGCAGAGGAAAAAGCUCUGGCUUUGGGCUAUAAACCAAAGGCAUAUUUGAGGGAUUUUGUAUAUGUAUCUCAGGAUCCAAAAGAUCAACUUUUACUUGGACCAACAUAUGCUACUCCAAAAGUUCUAGAAAAGGCAGGAUUAACCAUGAAUGAUAUUGAUGCUUUUGAAUUUCAUGAAGCUUUCUCAGGUCAAAUUUUGGCUAAUUUUAAAGCCAUGGAUUCUGAUUGGUUUGCACAAAACUACAUGGGUAGAAAAACCAAGGUUGGAUUGCCUCCGUUGGAGAAGUUCAAUAACUGGGGUGGAUCUUUGUCCCUGGGACACCCGUUUGGAGCCACCGGCUGUCGGUUGGUCAUGGCAGCUGCCAACAGAUUACGGAAGGAAGGAGGCCAGUACGGCUUAGUGGCUGCCUGUGCAGCCGGAGGGCAGGGCCAUGCUAUGAUAGUGGAGGCGUAUCCAAAAUAACAGAUCCAGAAGAGGUGACCUGAAGUUUCUGUGCAACACUCAUACUAGGCAAUGCCAUUUCAAUGCAUUACUAAGUGACAUCUGUAGUUCCUAGCUCCUCUUAGGAAAACAGUUCUGUGGCCUUCUGUUGAAUACUUUGCAAAUUAAGCCUUGCCAGUAUUCUAAGCUCUUUAGUAAUCACUGCUUACUGCUCUUUCAGGGAUUUCUAUGUCAUACAGAUACAGAAUCUCAUACAGGUAUGUGUAAAUAGUUGAUUUUGGUCUCUAUUGUCAGUAAAGACUAAAUGAGUGGUUGCAGUUAGGAAAGAGAUCAGCUGAGAUUUGGAAUCAUCUUUGUAACUUUUGCAUAUUACACCUGUUCCUAUCUGUGUCGUAAAGAUCAGUGUUUUCUAUAAGAUACAAACCAAUGUGCCUAAAUUAACAAUUAUGGAAAAAUUAUUCAGAAUCUAAAUGUCACUGAAAUGUGUACUACAUGCUUAGAUACGUAAAUAUCAUGGUGGUCAACCUUAAUAAAGUGGAGACGUAU